AUGGUUUUGAUUGAAGAUUUGGAUGCUUUCGCUGGCCAAAGCCAGGUAGAACACCAUGUUUACAACAGUUUCGGACAGCGCCAGCUCCCUGUUCUGGUUUUGACCGGGUAUCUGGGAGCUGGUAAGACAACCCUGCUCAGCUACUUUCUGCGAGAACAGCAUGACAAGAAGUUGGCUGUAAUUGAGAACGAGGUCGGCGAAGUUAAUGUGGACAAUGCCUUGAUAGCGGACAAAGUCCUGGAUGUUGGUCAGGAAGAUGUCUUCGUUUUGGACAACGGCUGCGUUUGCUGCAACAUCCGCGCCGACCUCGUGAGAGCACUGGCGGCCAUAUGGAGGAAACACGAGACUGGCAACUCUCUCGACGGUGUGGUUAUUGAGCUCACCGGCGUGGCAGAUCCUGCGCCGGUCGUGCAGUCGUUCUUCAUGGUGGACUCCGUCUCAGAGGCUUUCUAUAUCGACAAUGUCGUAGCCUUGGUGGAUUCCAAGCAUGUGCUAGAACAGUUGGCUGGAAGUCAGGGGGAUCCAACAAACAAAGGCACGGCAGCUGCACAGAUCGCCUUUUCAAGCAUGGUGCUGUUGAGCAAAGCUGAUCUGGUAAAAGAGCCGCACAUGAAAGACGUCGAAUUGCGUGUCCGGGAGAUCAACCCAUCUGCAGGCCUUUUCGGAUGUCUGCAAUCGCGCGUCAGCUUGUCGCAAUUAUUCCAUCUUCAGUCUGAGCCGCGUUCUUGA